AUGCGCUCGUUACUCACACUUUCUAAACCUCGCAAUUGUCCACUGCGUGCCUCGGGAGCUGUGCCGUGGGGAGCCAGCGAAGCAGCAGCAGUGAGGCGGGGCAGGCGUGGGCCGGGGGUGACUCCGGUCCUCAGCCGUGCGGCUGUGCCUUCCUUCUCGUGCCGCACACAGCCUUCAACGUGCUGAAAAAGCUGCGUGAUCGGCUGGCACCAGGAGCAAUUCAUAUCCGAACUAGAGGAUAUAGUCUUAAGACGCACUGGGGAAGGUUCAGAUGUUGGCAGCAUUCAGCAUUCAGAGGACAAGCUGUUGGAGUAUUUGGGAGGGGUGAUCUAUGAAGGCCUAGACUGGGGACUCAGCAGCCACAUGGAGCGAGAACUGAGUGAUCCUUUGGAGAAACUGCUGCGGCUCAUGUUGAAGCUGGAUGGCAAGGCAACAAAACCACCAGUCACCGUGCAGGAUGUUAUCAAGGCCUGUGAGGAGCACUUGUCCAGGCCUUCUGAAGAUACCAGCCAUUAUGAAAUGACCUGUAAGAAUCUGUUUACUGAAUAUAUGGAACUGCAGAAGCUUAUGACCGUCAUCCAGACCUCCAAAAAAAGACUGAGAGAAAUGGAUGUGGAAGAUUGGAUGGAAAAUCCCAUUCAAGAGAAGAAAACCCAUGGUGCAUGCCCGUGGCGCAGUGUCAUACGUGAGCUGCAGGCUGGUGUGAAGCUGCGCAAGGCUGCUGAGCGACCACAGCGUGCGUCUUCAAAUGAACGUAUCCGCUCUCUCUAUGAGCUGCUUUUGGAUGACAUUCAGCACAAGAGGUACACCCUGCGGAAGGUGACCAUCAAGCAAAAGCACGAGACCAGCAAAUCUGAUGUAGCUACUCUCAAGCCUCAUCUAGAACUGAUUGUGAACAUCCUGUCUUCUGGUCUACAGGAAAACACUCCCAAGCUGCCUGCCAGCACCUGCCUUUCCUCCACCAGGCCAUCAGGAGUGUUCUGCAGCAGCACAGGUCUCGCUGCAAAUUGCACAUUUCCUCCCAUGAGUGCACCCACACCAGGGGACAUUAAGCCUAAGUGUUUCCUGAGCACUGGCCAACAGCAGCUGCUUCCUUACAGAGGAAGGUCCAAGUCUUUAGAGAGAGGCCUUCAAAGCAAGGAGCUUGACUGUCCCUUUCCUACCAAGUGCCCAUCACUGACCAUUGCUGAGCUGAUUGGAACUAAAUAUGCAAUGAUGGUGCUCAAAGGGCAAGGCCUCUUCCAAGAAGGUAGUGGUGAUGUCUUUCUAAGAGCAAAGAUCUGUUUCAGCUGCCGUAAGCAGAUGUUUCUUAAGUGGCCUUACAAAUGUUACCUCUGCAGCAGGGUUGUCUGCUGUGACUGCUGCAUUAAGAUGUCCAUGCCCUUCAGAACAUGUGUACACCUCCCACUUCAAUUCCUAAAAUUUUUGAGACUGUCUGGAGGGGAGGAUCCAGCUACUCAGGAACAGAAGAGGUCUGAGUUGCUACAUGAAAUGGAGCAGCAGCAGUAUUUUGGUGUGCCCAUUGUUUUGGAGCCCCGUGGCCUAGCACAGCCCCUGUGCUGUUACACAGGGACCAUGGCAAACUGGCUGACUGCAGACAUUUGUACAUGGUGUGAGCAAUACCUCUUGAAUGUGACUUCCAGUCAACAGCACAGCAUCCCUCUCAGGAGAUUUUCCUGGGCUUGAACCAAACUGGAAUGAUUCUACCAUACAUGUCUCCUGUCACUUCUUAUGUACCUGAAAUAAAGAAAACAGCUUUAUGUACCUACUGAUGUAAAGGUCUGAAUGAAAGACCUCCCUGCUGGUUAGUCUAAGCAGGAAGCACAGUUAGCAUUUCUGUAUUGUGAAGUAUUGUAAA